AUGGGCUGCCAGGAGGUGCAUGCUGUGACCCUGUUUGCGUUCGUCUGCGGUACGGCCUCCGUCUCGGGACUGUUUGCUGCCACUCUGCUUCCCCAAUGGAGACAGAUGAAGCUGUACACCUUCAACAGGAACGAGAAGAACCUGACAGUGAGCAUGGGAUUAUGGGUCAAGUGCACCCGCUUGGAGUGGAGCCGGGAGUGCAUGAUCUACGACCGGGACUGGUACGCCAGCGUGGACCAGCUUGACAUCCGCAUCCUGCAGUUCGCUCUUCCUUUCAGCAUUUUGACUGCUGCCUCAGGCCUCAUCCUGUGCCUGAUCGGGAUCUGUAACACUACCUUCACCACCAACAUGCCGAGUCUCAAGCUGGCCAAGUGCCUGGUCAACAGCGCCGGGUGCCACCUCGUGGCGGGCAUGUUGUUCUGCUUGGCGGGAGUGAUGAGUGUGACGCCAUCUGCCUGGGUGAUACUCUAUAACAGCAUUCUGAACAGCAAGUAUGGACCGUAUUUCACCUUCGAUAUCGCCGUCUUCGUGGCUAUCGGGAGCUCCGGCGGGAUGUUCUUCACGGCUGCGCUCCUCUUCGCGUGGUACUGUAACUGCAAAUCUCUGACGUCAUCGUAUUGGCAGCCAUUGUAUUCCCAUAUCCCCAAUAUGCCGAAUUAUAUCCCCCCAUCCUACUCCUCCCAGGCCCACAUGUCACCCAUUGAAAUAGAUUUUCCCGUCACGUACACCGUCUAG